AUGUCAGCACCAACAUAUGAAGCAUUGAAACUACCUUCAUUCGUCGAGACCGUCCUCGUCACAGGGGCAGGUGGUUUCGUCGGACAGAAACUCGUCUUACUCUUAUUGAAACUUUACCCAAACCUCCGAAUCAUCGCUACGGAUAUCGUCGAACCUCCCAAUCAUGGAAUCACCGAUACCAAGAGAUUGAGGAACGUUAAAGCUGAUUUGGGUAAACCAGAGGAAUUGAAGGGCGUUUUCGACGGUGAGAAAGUCGGAGGGGUAUUUGCUUUACACGGUAUCAUGUCAGGUCAUCCAAGACCUAUAUAUGUAUUUGCGUCUUCCCUUGCUGUCUAUGGGGCAGUCACCCCUCAGUCGGUGGUUGAUCCCAAGACUAAGCCAGUAGUGCCAGAAUCAAGUUAUGGUGUUCAGAAACAUUGUAUUGAGAUGAUCGUUUAUGAUUAUGGAAGGAAGGGCUACCUUGAUACUCGUACCGUCAGAUUGGUAACAGUAACUGUCCGACCUGGUGCACCUUCCAGUGCGGCCUCAUCCUACAUCUCAGGAAUGAUCAGAGAACCAUUACAAGGUCAAGAAUCCCUUUGUCCCAUUGCCGACUCGAUGGAUGAUCCCGCUCUAGACUACUAUCUCACAUGGGUAGGAAGGACCAAAACUGUCAUUAGGAAUAUCCUCUGGGCGGCAGUGGUAGAGGAGAAACAGUUGAAGGAGGUCUCACAGGAGAGGAUCGUUAAUUUACCGGGAAUACAAAUUACUCCAAGACAGAUUAUCGAAACUUUAAUCAAAUAUGGCGGUAAAGAUAAACUCAACUUGAUCAGAUUCAAGAAAGAUCCAGCGGUCAUCAGAAUCUGCGAUACCUGGGCGGGCGCAUUCGAUAAUUCCGAUGCGUUGAAAUUAGGUUUCGAAGUUGAUGAUUCCAAGACUGGAUAUGAAGGUGCUGUACAAGAUUUCAUCGAAGAGGAAUUGGGUGGAAAAUCCUACUUCGAAAAGAGAUCUGAUCAUCCCCAACCUACAAGCACAUCGGUAAACAGAUGUUCUCUCUAUGAAGCAUUGAAACUACCUUCAUUCGUCGAGACCGUCCUCGUCACAGGGGCAGGUGGUUUCGUCGGACAGAAACUCGUCUUACUCUUAUUGAAACUUUACCCAAACCUCCGAAUCAUCGCUACGGAUAUCGUCGAACCUCCCAAUCAUGGAAUCACCGAUACCAAGAGAUUGAGGAACGUUAAAGCUGAUUUGGGUAAACCAGAGGAAUUGAAGGGCGUUUUCGACGGUGAGAAAGUCGGAGGGGUAUUUGCUUUACACGGUAUCAUGUCAGGUGGAUCCGAAGCGAACUUCCCCCUCGGAUACGCCGUCAACGUCGAUUCCCAUCGAGCUUUGUUGGACGCAACUCACAAACAUGCCGAGGCGAAUUUCCCUCAAGGUCAUCCAAGACCUAUAUAUGUAUUUGCGUCUUCCCUUGCUGUCUAUGGGGCAGUCACCCCUCAGUCGGUGGUUGAUCCCAAGACUAAGCCAGUAGUGCCAGAAUCAAGUUAUGGUGUUCAGAAACAUUGUAUUGAGAUGAUCGUUUAUGAUUAUGGAAGGAAGGGCUACCUUGAUACUCGUACCGUCAGAUUGGUAACAGUAACUGUCCGACCUGGUGCACCUUCCAGUGCGGCCUCAUCCUACAUCUCAGGAAUGAUCAGAGAACCAUUACAAGGUCAAGAAUCCCUUUGUCCCAUUGCCGACUCGAUGGAUGAUCCCGCUCUAGACUACUAUCUCACAUGGGUAGGAAGGACCAAAACUGUCAUUAGGAAUAUCCUCUGGGCGGCAGUGGUAGAGGAGAAACAGUUGAAGGAGGUCUCACAGGAGAGGAUCGUUAAUUUACCGGGAAUACAAAUUACUCCAAGACAGAUUAUCGAAACUUUAAUCAAAUAUGGCGGUAAAGAUAAACUCAACUUGAUCAGAUUCAAGAAAGAUCCAGCGGUCAUCAGAAUCUGCGAUACCUGGGCGGGCGCAUUCGAUAAUUCCGAUGCGUUGAAAUUAGGUUUCGAAGUUGAUGAUUCCAAGACUGGAUAUGAAGGUGCUGUACAAGAUUUCAUCGAAGAGGAAUUGGGUGGAAAAGUGGCUUAG